CUCUCCUUUCCAUUUCACUCAAUCGUGAAUGAAUCCAUUUUGUACCCGCUCCUCAAUCGUUUCUCGCUUCUACAACCAUUUUCCGAUCAGAUCUCCCGAUGGACUCAACUCCGAAGGUGGUUGCCGUAGUUACUUCGGGGAAAGAUAGAUCGGCGAGAUUGAAAGCCAACAAAGACCUAAGGUACUCCGAGAAUGUUAAUCCGAAUGAAUCGAGUGCGGAAUUGAAGUUAUUCAAGUCUCCUGCAAUCGCUCAUUCUGAGAAGAGCGGUAAGAAAUCUGCUUCAAAGAAUCCGAAACUGAAUCAAGCGGUUAAGGAUGUACUGUCACCGAAGAAGAAGAUUCGAGAGAGGAAGUUCGUGAUCGUGAAGAAGAAGUUACGGAAUGAGGAAGAGAUUUCUACAGCCAACGCUGCAGCGGUUUGCGAGAAGUGUCAAAAGGCGAUCGGGAAAUCCAAGUGCUUGUGCGUGGCCUAUGAGAAUUUGCGUGCGUCUCAGGAAGAGUUUUUCAAAAACCGCGGCAAUAUACAGGACGAGGUAUUUGAUAAGAUAAACGAGCACGAUCUUGCAUCUGAGAACGUAGAAUCAGAAGGUAAGAUUAACAGCAUAUCUGAAAGGCCAAAAAGUGGAGUUGAUGCGUUAUCUGACAUCAAUGGUGGAAAGACUACGGAUGGAGAUAAGGCGGUGGUGAAUAACGAUGCAGUUCUCAAGAGGAGCAGAGAUAGGCUCUUGGAAGAAACAAGGAGGAGUGUAUUGGCGCUAACACCGGGGAAGGUAAAGGAUUUGGUGAAAGAAUUUGAGAAACUUUCAAUGCUGAAAGAAGACGAUUCUAACGAAAAGGAAGCGGAGGAAGCCGAUGAUGUUAACACUAGAAUAAUGAAAUGGGAGUUACCUGGAAUGCAGCAGGCUGCAAAUCAUUCAGAACUGCAGGUUUCUUCCUCUUCAUUUUCUCCCUCAGAACUCUUCCUUACAUCAGAGAGCCUGGGUCUUGAAUCUCGCCGUUCUUAUUCAUUAGACAGCAGCCAGGAAAGCUUCCCUGUUUCGAGCACAACUUAUGCUGGUGACAGGAGGUUCAGGCGAAAGAGUGCUGAAUCAUCUGGUAACCGGCUGAGAAGAAGCUUGAAGAAAAAGCAGCAGCCGAAAGCUACUUCUCUGAAGCCAUUCAUGUUAAAAACGGAGGAAAGAGGGAGAAGCAAAGAGGAAGAGUUUAUGAAAAAACUGAGGAAAAUGAUUGAGGAAGAGGAGAGGAUGAGGAUUCCUGUAGCUCAGGGUCUUCCCUGGACAACAGAUGAACCCGAGUGUUUGCAGAAGCCUCCAGUUAAAGGAUGCACGAGACCAAUUGAUCUCGUUCUGCACAGUGAUGUGAGGGCUGUGGAGCGCUCUGAAUUCGAUCAUCAGGUGGCCCUGAAAAUGAACUACAUAGAACAAUAUCGAAUGGAAAGGGAGAGACAACAAAAGAUGGAAGAAGAAGAAGAAAUCCGAAGACUAAGGAAGGAGCUCGUCCCCAAGGCGCAACCAAUGCCGUAUUUUGACAGGCCAUUCUUUCCCCAGAGGUCGGAGAGGCAACCGACAGUACCAAAAGAACCAAAGUUCCAUAUACCUGAACACAAGAAGAUUAGAUGCAACUUGUCUUUGGAUGAUGGGACUUUUUUCUCACAGCAUUAUAACAAACACCACUGAAAGGAAGGGAAGAAAAUAAUAAAUUCUUGAUAUAAUUCUAUCUCUGUGUGUGUGUGUGUGUGUUUUGGAUUAAAGAUCAAUGAUAUGUGUGUAUAUGUUGCACUGUUUUGGAGAGACCUUACAUUUGGGACAUUACUCUCUCCCCAAUUAUGGGGACUUUGUUGGAUCUAAUAUGGAAUGGAAUUUUUGUG